AUGACGGGAUAUGGAGAGCAGAAUGGGUGCCAUCUUGCUAUGGAGCCCGCCGUCACUACACCCCACAACCGACCACAGGCCAUGCUUGAACCGAAUCGCGAAAGGCUGCAGACGGAGUCGCUCGCCAACGGACACUUAGCAGGCAGUGACGAGAGUAGCAUUUCUGCUGAGUCUCCCACCGAGAAGGUCGCCAACAUCGUCCCAAAUGGCGAAGCAGUCGAUCCCUCCCACCCUUCAGACCUGGAGGCUGCUCCCGACAUGGAGAAGAAGCAAGAGGAGCCGCCACCAAGAAGUACACUCAAGAUUGCCUUGAUCAUGCUUUCCUUAUGCAUUGCUGUCUUCCUCGCUGCACUCGAUACUACUAUCAUCACCACUGCAGUUCCCACCAUCGCGCAGCGGUUCAGAGUUUCGGAGGGCGACUAUGCUUGGAUCGGUUCCUCCUACCUUCUAUCUGCGGCAGCGUCUGUGCCCACCUGGGGAAAGUUCAGUGAUAUAUGGGGCCGCAAGCCUGUCCUACUACUCGCGAACUUGAUCUUCUUGGUUGCAUCGUUGAUCGCUGCGCUGAGCAUCAAUAUCAAGAUGUUGCUCGCUGGUCGAAUCAUACAAGUACCUUUCGAUGGAAUCGCCUUUGCUAUUAUACUUUUCUAUUUGGAUAUUGAAACUCCCAAGACUAAUUGGAUAGCUGGUCUGAAGGCCAUAGACUGGAUCGGCGUUCUCACCAUCUCGGGCGGUACGGUGAUGUUUCUUCUUGGAUUGGAAUACGGGGGAGUCAAUUAUCCCUGGAAAAGUGCAACGGUCAUCUGCCUGCUCGUCUUUGGGAUUGCGACUGUAGCCCUUUUCUUCACCAACGAAUGGAAGCUCGCCAGAUAUCCGGUAAUGCCGAUACGACUCUUCAAAUCCCGCAGCAACAUUGCUUGUCUGAUUGUUUGCUUCAUCCACGGUAUGGUCUUCAUUGCAGGUGCCUAUUAUCUCCCUCUCUACUUUCAAACAGUGCUUGGCGCAUCCCCCAUCCUGAGUGGAGUCUACCUCUUUCCUUUUGUACUCUCACUCUCGUUCACCUCGGUCGCUGGGGGUAUAUUCAUCAAGAAGACUGGCCAAUAUCUUCCGCCAAUCUGGUUUGGAAUGAUUUUCAUGGCAAUCGGGUUCGGGCUAUUCGUUGACUUGCCCAGCACGCGCGACUGGAGCCGCCUAAUCACCUUUCAAAUAAUCGCUGGCUUGGGUGUGGGACCUAUCUUCCAAGGACCACUUAUUGCACUUCAAACACAUGUCGAGCCUCGGGACAUUGCCACUGCGACCUCCUUGUUCGGCUUCACCAGAAACAUCGCAACAUCCAUCUCCGUCGUCAUCGGCGGCGUUAUCUUCCAGAAUCGCAUGAUCGCUCAACAGGCCAGGCUCCGCUCCACUCUUCCGGCAGACGUCGCACUGCGACUAGGCAGCGGCAACGCAGCCAGCUCUGCCGACGUCGUCAGGGCACUUCCAGAUGCCCAACGCCGUGUCGUGGAUGUCGUCUACACCGACUCACUUCAGAAGAUAUGGAUCUUUUAUGUCGCGAUCGCAGUAGUCGGCGUCCUGGCUAGUUUCGCGAUCCAAAAGAAAACGCUGAGUAAGCAGCAUGAGGUGUACCGAAGUGGCUUGGAGCAGGAGAAAAAGAAUCGACUUGAGCAGAAACAGCAGGAUGCGCUGAAAAGGGAGGAGAAGGAGGAACGGCGGAGGAGCAGGUUAAGUCAGGAUUUGACGAACACUGCGGAGAAGGGAGAGCGGAGGAAAAGUAGGGAUAGCAGAAGUCGCCGCGAUGAGAAUAGGGCGACUAGACGAAGUGGAGAGCUGCAUCCGGUCGUGAGCGUUGUACCAGAGGGAGGGGGUGAGGCAGGUGACAAGUAG